CCCGGCAAACGAGCCUCUCCAUAACGCACUGAGACUUCGCACCGCACGGUACCGCGAAACGUUAUCUCGACGCGCACCGCCGCGAGUCCAUGUGAACGACCGACGGUUCUCUCGUUGUGUACAGUGAAAGAAGGAUCGGCAAGCUGUACGCGCCUCAGGAAGAAGACAUGUUGACGAUGGAGACGGACUUGAAAGGCGGCAGCCUGCAUGCCACUGUGCCGCCGCACCAUGCUCUCCAGCACGGUUACGGCUCACUGGGCGCGCUCGGUGGCAUGAUGGCCCUGCCGCAGCAACAGCCGUUAACUCAACACCAACAGCUGCAACAUCAACAUCACCAGGCUUUACCGCAGCACCACGCGCAGCCACCGCAACAGCACCAUCAACCGCCCAACAACAACAAUAACAACACGAGCAAAAACUCGAAUGCAGACCGUGUCAAACGUCCUAUGAACGCAUUUAUGGUGUGGUCGCGCGGGCAGCGCAGGAAGAUGGCUCAAGAUAAUCCGAAAAUGCACAACUCAGAGAUCUCCAAACGGCUCGGUGCACAAUGGAAAGAUCUUUCAGAAUCUGAAAAACGACCUUUCAUUGACGAAGCGAAGAGACUUCGGGCUGUUCACAUGAAAGAACAUCCGGAUUACAAAUACAGGCCAAGGAGGAAGACGAAGACCCUUGCUAAAAAGCAAGAGAAAUACCCCCUUGGUGGUGGAGCAUUGUUAGGCGCUCCUGAGGGCCAAAGAACAUCCGCACCGGCAACUCAACAACCACGCGAUGUCUAUCAAAUGACACCGAACGGCUAUAUGCCUAAUGGUUACAUGAUGCACGACCCUAGCGCGUACCAACAGCAGGCCUAUGGAUAUCCACGGUACGAUGUAUCGCAAAUGCAGCAAGGUGGUUAUGGAGGUGGAUACUACGGUGGCGGCCAGGGUUCGCCUUAUCUCCCACAGCCGCCGUCGCCGUCUGCUUACGGGCUAGGACCCGGCUCACCGGGCGGUUACGCAUUGCCGCCGUCCUGCGCUUCCCACUCACCGAGCGGUUCAUCAGCAAAGUCAGAACCUGUGUCCCCUGGCCCCCCGGGACUGAAACGCGAGUUUGUGACACACGAGCCUCAGGCACAAUUAAAACGCGAGUUCGCACCGCACGCACACGCCCACGAGCAGCUGUCCAUGAAGCGGGAGUACGGUCAGCAGGACCUCAGCCAUAUUAUCAAUAUGUACCAUGUGCCCGACGAACAGCGGUACGCAGCCGCCGGCGAGCGCGCGAUGCCGCUCAUCUGAGAAUCGCCUUUCGCGUGCGACAUCGACAUCCCGCCGCUAUGAGCUGGUCGAGUCGCCGCGCACUUCGACGCCACCAGUGACUUUGUUACGCAUUGGAUGUCGCAUUAGAAUAGUGAUCGUUAUUCCCCGGCCGUACAUACUUCUAGGUAUGUGGAUUUAUUUGUUUUAUAUUAAGUGCGGGCCACGGCCCGCGCCGCUGUUAGUGUUACACAAACUGUUGACUUAACGAGUUACUGGCCUGUCACCGACGGCCGAAAGUUCAAUUAACAAUUGUUGUUUAUUGUAUUAUAAUAUGAUUACUGUAUUUUUUUAUGGUUUAAGUUGAAAUAUUCUUAUUGUGUCGUGUGGACGGACAUGAGUGCUGACUGCGGGUCGCGCGAAAGACGACGUAGUGACAGCGGUAAUUUGAAUACCAAAAAAAUUUUGAACAAUUUGUAAAUAUAGUGUUAAAUGCUAGAGUUGGUUUUAGUCGAUAAAUUGUAGUUAGAUAGCGAUAAGUCGUGCCACGACGCCACACUCGCACCCUCGUGCGUUGUACAAAAUAUUUGUUAUAUGGAAACGAACGUUAUAAAUCCUCGAAAGACUAAUAUUGUAAUACGAAAAUGUACAGUGAGUGUUAUAUAGUCAGUGGACACAAAAAUAUAUUGAAAAAAAAAGAAGUUAUUAAUAAACGACGCGUUAAAAUUGUA